UGUGGAGCGUGUCCUCCUGGUUAUUCUGGUGAUGGUUCUAGACAAGGUUGCCGUCCAGUUCGCCAGUCUUGCUCCUCGAGACCAUGUUUUCCUGGAGUGAGGUGCGAAGAUAUGCCUGGCGGUUUCCGAUGUGGUGCUUGUCCAACUGGUUACUCUGGUAAUGGUACACAUUGUGAGGAUAUUGAUGAGUGUAGAUACAGUAGACCUUGUGAUGCUCUAGCUAUGUGUGAGAAUCUAUCGCCAGGAUUUACCUGUACAUCUUGUCCACCAGGUUAUACUAGUCCUCCAGUGCAAGGUGUAGGCAUCGAGAGCGCUAAAACACAAAAACAGGUUUGCCAAGACAUCAAUGAAUGUGAAGAUGGUAGGAAUGGUGGUUGUGUACCUAACUCUAUUUGUAUCAAUACACCAGGUUCCUAUCGAUGUGGUGAUUGUAUGGAAGGUUUUAUGGGAAAUCAAACAAUAGGAUGUCAAACUAAUGGUCUCCUGUGUCCUGAUGGUAAAACAAAGUGUUCAGAGCAUGCUAAGUGUGUUAAACGACGUGGACAACGGGAGUAUAUUUGUCAGUGUAAGGUGGGAUAUGCUGGAGACGGGAAGAUCUGUCAUAGAGAUACAGAUUUAGAUGGUAUACCAGAUAUAGAUCUAGGAUGUAGAGGUAGACAGUGUAGGAAGGAUAAUUGUAUUGAAACACCAAACAGUGGUCAAGAAGAUGCUGAUGGAGAUCAGAUAGGUGAUGCUUGUGAUCCGGAUAUGGAUAAUGAUGGCAUUGUCAAUAAUCCGGAUAACUGUCCAUUGGUGGCCAAUCCAGACCAGGCCGAUUCAGAAACAGCUCCAGAUAAGACAGGGGAUGCUUGUGAUAACUGCCCAACUGUUCCUAAUCCAGAUCAAACAGAUACUGAUUCGGAUAACCUUGGUGAUAACUGUGAUCCAGAUAUUGAUAACGAUGGAAUUCUCAAUGAAAAUGACAGCUGUGUUAAAGUAGUAAAUUAUGACCAGUCUGACGUGGAUGGUGACGGUGUUGGUGAUGCUUGUGAUAACUGUCCAAAGAAACAAAAUAAAGACCAGUCUGAUAUUGAUGAUGAUCUGAUAGGUGAUGUCUGUGAUACUGGUAAUGAUAUAGAUCGAGAUGGUGUCCAGGAUAAUAAAGAUAACUGUUUAACUCAGCCCAAUGCUGAUCAACAAGAUACUGAUAAAGAUAGUAUAGGUGAUGCCUGUGAUAAUGAUGAUGAUAAUGAUAACAUAAUUGAUGAACUGGAUAAUUGUCCACUGGUUAAAAAUAAGGAUCAACUAGAUUCAGAUAGAAAUGGCGUCGGUGAUGCUUGUGAGAAUGAUAUGGAUGGUGAUGGUCAUCCGGAUCUUUUGGAUGUCUGUCCACUCAAUGGUGAAAUAUAUGCUACCGAUUUUAGAGCCUAUCAAACAAUUGUACUAGACCCAGAAGGUGACUCACAAAUUGAUCCGAACUGGCUCAUUCUAAAUAAGGGAGCCGAGAUAGUACAGACUAUGAACAGCGAUCCUGGAAUAGCUGUCAGUUAUAAUACCUUUAGUGGGGUUGAUUUCAGUGGAACAUUUUUCGUGAAUACGGAAGUUGACGAUGAUUAUGCUGGGUUCAUAUUCAGUUAUCAGGAUAGUUCUAGUUUCUAUGUUGUAAUGUGGAAGAAGGUGACCCAGACUUAUUGGCAUCCUACACCGUUCCGAGCAGUAGCUGAACCUGGUAUUCAAUUGAAAUUAGUCAAAUCAGACACUGGUCCCGGAGAAGUUUUACGAAAUUCAUUGUGGCAUACAGGAGACACUUCGAGACAGGUAAAGCUACUCUGGAAAGAUCCCAGGAAUGUAGGAUGGAAAGAUAAAACUGCUUAUCGCUGGGAACUGAUUCACAGACCGUCCAUAGGAUUAAUAAGGGUAUUAUUUUUUGAAGACACUGAACUGGUAGCUGAUUCGGGUAAUGUUUAUGAUACAACAUUACGUGGUGGAAGAUUGGGUGUCUUCUGUUUUUCACAAGAAAUGGUCAUCUGGUCCGAUCUAGUUUACAGAUGUAAUGAAUUCAUUCCUAGAGGUUUAUUAAGUGAAGAUUCCGAAUCACCAGACGGCGAAGUGGAUUAUGAUGAUUAUUAUGAUGAACCAUUGAAAUAGGUGUCGCCAGUGUUUUUAUCAUUCGGCAUAUACAAACUUUAUAUAGAAUGAUUUUUAUCAAGCAAACCAAGAUCAUUUGAUUCAUAAAGGCAACUUUCAUUACAAAUGUUGCAAUUAUAGAUGGAAAAUUAAAACAACUGCAUACAAUUAUCCACUAGGUGUAGAUUGUACAUAUUUAGUAGAAUAGAUUAUGAGAUUUAUUUUAUAUUUUUGUACAGAUUAUUAUGUGACAAUAUAAGUAUUUGAAUUUAAA